AUGGGUAAUAUGAUAAAAGACUUGAUUGAAUCAACUGAUCUCAUAUCUGUUCCUGGCAAACAGUCAAUAGCCGAGGAUCUCACUAUGUCAGUUGAAGAAGCUGUGGACCAAGUUACUCUACCCGUCAGUGAUUUCUCGCUCCUCACUUCCGGUUCACCUAAACGGUCUAAGAUCAUCGAAGAGCUUCAAAAUGCAUGUCUGCAUUGGGAAUUCUUCAUGCAAAAGAUCAAGAGAAAUAAUGAAAAAACUGCUCAGAGCAAUUAUGGAGGGACUAGAAUUAGAGAAGAGGACAUCGAAAAGUCCCUUGAACUAAAUUCUGUUGUUCAAAAGUUUUCUGCAAAUAUCUAUCCUCCUUGCCCACAGCCUGAUCUUGCAGUUGAUUUGCUCCCACAUGCUGAUCGUGGUCUCUCAACCCUACUCAUACAAAAUGACGUUGGUGGAUUGCAAAUUAAGAACAUGGGGAAAUAG